AUUAUAGAGAGUGAACAUCCGGUCACGGCAGCGACCUUCUCACUAGUAAUGGAUAAAGAAAUUGGCCUGUGCUACCAGACAUUUUACCGCCAUAUUCCUCUCAUCUCUCUUUAGCAUAGAUUCUUGUUUCUUAGUGUCCCUGAAUCAUCUCUCUCCUUGUUGAUCCUUUGUUUCUGUCAUCUCUAAUUCCUAGUGAAUUAAGGUUUCCUUAACUAGAGCACCUCACAUAAACCUGAUUUGGUACCAGAUUCUUUGUUGGAGGUCCUACUGUGUAACUAAAUUUUGGGAAUUUCUAGUUGUUUUGGCCCAUCUGGGUUUUGGUUUACUGCUAAAUAACAUCAAAACCCCAAAAUCCCUUUUGGAGUUGGAAAUUUGGAAUCUUGGUGUUUUGGGUUUUUUUUAAACCUUCUCUAAUUUCUGGGUUAUCUCCCAUUUUGACUCUGAAACUAAUUGGGUGGAAAAGGUAGAAUCUUGUUUCACCUCCUUUUCAAUCUACAUGUUAGUUGUUUCUACUGACUAUGUAGUUUGAUGUGGUACAGCUCCUCUUCUUCCUUAAACUUUGAUUUCAUUUCCUUUUCAAUUUGGGUCUAAUACCCACAUACAGUUUCUGUUGAUUUGACAGUAAGGGGCUUCAGUUUUCUUCUGAAAUUAGGAGAAAGGUCAGACCCAAUUAAAUUCGACGAGCUUUUCUGGAGUUACUUUUGUGGAUGAGUUUUCUUCCUGUGAUUGGGUUUGGCUUGAAGUUUGGCCAUCUUCUAUUGACGCUAUGUUGCUGGCUUUUGUCUGUGAUUUCCUUGAAAUGGUACUGCGAUGGUGAAUUCAUGGACUCUAAGUCUAGUUCACUUUGUGAUUUUGUAAAGAAAUGGCUGAAAUUGUGGGAGAAGAUCUCACACAACCACUAUUACCAGUAUAUUGGGACCAAGAGAGUUAGAAAGACAUUGUGGAGGAAUCUCUUGGUCACAUGGGUGGUUUUGUGGAUUAUAGUUUCUUUCUCUCUCUAUUGGUACAUGAGCUCCAAAGCUUUGGAGAAGAGGAAAGAGACCCUUGCAAGCAUGUGUGAGGAGAGAGCUAGGAUGUUACAGGAUCAGUUUAAUGUCAGCAUGAAUCAUAUACAUGCCAUGUCCAUUUUGAUCUCAACUUUCCACCAUGGCAUGAACCCUUCUUCUAUUGAUCAGAUGACUUUUGCCAGGUACACAGAACGAACUGCUUUUCAAAGGCCCCUAACAAGUGGUGUUGCAUAUGCCGUGAGAGUUUUGCACUCUGAAAGGGAACAAUUUGAAAGGAAGCGAGGCUGGACGAUUAAGAGGAUGGAUAAUUUUGAACAAGCCCCAGCCCAUAACGAUGAGUUCAACCCAGAAGCACUGGAACCAUCCCCAGUGGAGGAGGAAUAUGCUCCUGUUGUCUUUGCGCAGGAUACUGUUGUACAUGUGAUUUCCAUUGAUGUGCUGUCAGGCAAGCAGGAAGACCGUGAAAAUGUGCUGCGUUCAAGAGCAUCUGGAAAGGGGGUUCUUACUGCCCCUUUUCCACUAAUCAAAUCAAACCGCCUUGGUGUCAUUUUAACUUUUCCUGUCUACAAGAUAGAUCUCCCCUCAAGUGCCACAGUGAAGGAGAGGAUACAAGCAACUCAUGGGUACCUCGGGGGUAUCUUUGACAUAGAAUCGCUUGUGGAGAAGUUACUUCAACAACUAGCAAGCAAACAAACAAUACUUGUGAAUGUGUAUGAUAUCACCAACUCUUCACACCCUAUCAGCAUGUAUGGCUCAUAUGUAUCUUACGAUGAGCUGCUGCACGUUAGCUCGCUUAACUUUGGGGAUCCAUUCAGAAAACACGAGAUGCGCUGCAGAUUCCAACAAAAGUCGCCAUGGCCACGGUUAGCAAUAAUGAUGUCUAUUGGCAUCCUUGUUAUUGCGUUGCUUGUGGGGUAUAUAUUCCAUGCAACGGUGAAUCGAAUAGCCAAAGUUGAGGAAGAUUACCAUGAGAUGAUGGAGCUCAAGAAACGAGCUGAGGCAGCUGAUGUGGCGAAAUCACAGUUCCUUGCUACUGUGUCCCAUGAGAUCAGAACCCCAAUGAAUGGUGUGCUGGGAAUGCUGCGUAUGCUUAUGGACACAGAUCUAGAUGAAACUCAAGAAGACUAUGUCAGAACGGCACAGGGCAGUGGAAAAGCUCUGGUUUCACUAAUAAACGAGGUUUUGGACCAAGCAAAAAUUGAAUCUGGUAGGGUCGAGCUUGAGGCAGUUCAAUUUGAUGUGCGGGCAGCUUUGGAUGAUAUUUUGUCACUUUUUUCUGGAAAGUCGCAGGAAAAAGGACUGGAGCUUGCAGUUUACAUCUCUGAAAACGUUCCUGAAAUGCUAAUUGGUGAUCCAUGUAGAUUUCGGCAAAUCAUCACAAAUCUCGUGAGCAAUUCAAUCAAAUUCACUGAGAAGGGGCACAUUUUCGUUACAGUCCAUCUUGCAGAGGAGGUGAUGGAAUCCCUAGAAACUGAGACAUUAUCAUUGUCAGAGAACACCUUGAGUGGACUUCCGGUGGCAGAUAGGCGCCAGAGCUGGGGAGGGUUUAGAACUUUAAGUCAAGAUGAACCCACUUCUCCUCGGUCAUCAUUGGCCUCUGACCUCAUCAAUCUAAUCGUAUCCGUAGAGGAUACAGGUGGGGGUAUACCUUUAGAAGCUCGACCUCGCGUAUUCACUCCCUUCAUGCAGGUGGGCCCCUCAAUCUCCCGAAUGCAUGGAGGGACAGGAAUUGGGCUGAGCAUAAGCAAGUUUUUGGUGGGCCUCAUGAACGGUGAAAUUGGGUUUUCAAGUGUACACAAGAUUGGGUCCACCUUCAGUUUCACUGCUGUAUUCACCAACGGCUGUUCCAAUACCAGCGAGACUAAAGACCAGCAAAUAAAUCACCAGUCUAACUCAGUUUCUUCCGAAUUUCGGGGAAUGGCAGCUGUACUUGUGGACCCCAGACCAGUCCGGGCCAAGGUGUCCAGAUACCACAUCCAGCGGCUUGGAAUUCAUGUUGAAGUGGUUCCCAAUUUAGAUCAGGAUUUCUCCAGGAUUGGAAGUGGAAAUACAGUUAUCAACAUGGUCCUCAUAGAACAAGAAGUUUGGAACAAGGACUUGGGCUCGUCAUCUCUCUUUGUAAAUAAAUUACAGCAACUCGUGCCUCCGAAAUUAUUCCUUCUUUCUAACUCUCUCUACCUUAGUAGAAGUGGUAGUUUGAGAAUUUCUGGGAAUUAUACUUCUCCGACUGUAAUCAUGAAGCCCCUGAGAGCAAGUAUGCUGGCUGCAUCUCUACAAAGAGCCAUGGGUGUUGGGACCAAAGGGAGUUCCCUCAAUGGAGAGCUCUCGGGUCCCUUUCUUGGGAAUCUGCUUUUGGGGAGGAAAAUUUUAGUUGUGGAUGACAAUAAAGUAAACCUCGUAGUAGCUGCUGCCGCCUUGAAGAAAUAUGGAGCUGAUGUGGUCUGUGUAGGUAGUGGGAAGAAGGCGAUCUCACUGUUAAAGCCCCCCCACAAAUUUGAUGCCUGCUUCAUGGAUAUUCAGAUGCCAGAAGUAGAUGGGUUUGAAGCUACAAAAAGAAUUCGAGACAUGGAACUCAACAUCAAAAACUCCAUCGAACGCGGAGAGCAGUCGGUAGAAGCUUACGAGAACGUUUCUGAUUGGCACGUGCCAAUCUUGGCUAUGACUGCAGAUGUAAUCCAGGCUACACACGAGGAGUGCCUGAGGUGGGGAAUGGAUGGGUAUGUUUCCAAACCCUUUGAAGCCGAACAGCCUUAUCGGGAAGUUUCUCGCUUUCUCCGUACUCCAUCAGAUCAUAUCUCGUAGGAAUGAAUUCGCGAGAAAUGACACAAGCACAAGUGCGUGUUGUUCAUACUUUGGAAUGCUAAAAAAUGGGCUUUCUGUAUUUUUGCCAGUGGAUACAGGAAAACUGUUUGUUUCUACACCAGAAUGUACCUAAAAUCAAUCCUCUUUAUAGGUAAGGGUUCCACUUGGUAGCAGACGCAAAUUCUUUUGUUAUCUCUUCCCUUUUCUGAUCUCAUACUUCUAGCAUUCAGAGGAGACUAAAGGCUUGGAGGGUUCUGGAUUUUGGUGAAACGUAGAAGUUCUGCAUUUGUAUCAUAGAGAUUGUUUUAGUGGUUAGAUAGGAUGAAAUAUACUGUCUCUGAAACCGAGAAUUGUCGGUUGUGCAUAUAAGAAUAAACAUGAAUCAUACACACCACAGUAACCCAUUUUUCUCUUUUAGUUUUGUUCCCAACAGUGCAAAAAGUUUGUUCAGCUAGGAAUUGACUGUAACUAUCUCAGGGAGCGGAUACGACAAUUUUGGCUGGUUUGUACAAUUAUUGAAGUAUCAGCAUGACUUAUUAUGGCUAUUUUUUCUGCU